AAAAAAUUGCAUCCAUCCGCCAUGAAUAGGCCACAAAAUGGCUCCAGUCAUUUUCACCAAUGAAAAGCAAAUGGAUGCUGAUGGAGAGGCCCCCCAGUGACCCGCCGCGGGAUGCCGCGCACGGAGCCGGAGCCGCAGCGGAGGGCGUCGGCGAGCCGGAUUUGGGCUUGGGCUCGGGCAGCCACAGCGUCUGCAGUGUCGGCGAUCGGCAGCGCGGGGGGAUGGCCCUCCCAGGGGAGCCGGCGCUGCUCAAUGGGGUUGCCAAGGAGACGGGCCGGCCGCCCCCCUCCCCCGGCCCGGCGCCCCCCGCCGCGCCGGUGCCCGUGAUCGAGCUGGUGCGCGCCGGGCGCCCUAUAAAAGCCGCGGACGCGCCGAGCGGCGCCAGGCAGAGCCAGCGCGAGCAAGACGGAGGCAGCAGCAACAACAGCAGCAACAGCAACAGCAACAGCCGAGCGCAGCGCGCCGAACCGGCCAGCGCCCUUGCCCUCGCCCUCGCUACCGUCGCGGGCACAGGCACGGGCACGCCCCCCGCCGGCGCCAGCCUCAGCAGCAGCAGCAGCAACGCCAGCAGCGACGCCCGCAUGGUGCAGCUCAGCCCCACGGCAGCCCCUGCGCUCCCGCUCCAGCCACCUGCGCGAGCCAUGCUCUACGGCCUCGGCCCCCCGCUCAGCACCGCCAGCAGCGGUUUCUUUGGAGAGCCAGAUAACUUCUCUAUGUACAGCAACAACCGAGUGAAAAGAAGACCGUCCCCCUAUGAAGUGGAGCUCUCUGAUGCAGAAACCUAUGGCGGGUACUCCUCCAUGCGACAGCAGAGUCCCAAUGCUGGUCCUCACACAAAGGUGGUCCGUCGAAUAUUCACAAAUAGCCGGGAGAGGUGGAGGCAGCAGAAUGUCAAUGGAGCUUUUGCUGAGCUCCGCAAGCUCAUCCCAACUCACCCGCCUGACAAAAAGCUGAGCAAGAACGAAAUCUUACGCCUGGCUAUGAAGUACAUCAAUUUCCUGGCCAAGCUGCUCAAUGACCAGGAAGAAGAAGGAAACCAAAGGGGUAAAGUCAGCAAAGAGAGUGGCCUCAUGCAAGAGGACCUUCUUCAGGACAUGUUGUCUCCAAACUCAAGCUGUGGAAGCUCAUUAGAUGGAGCAGGAAGCCCAGACAGUUUCACAGAAGAACACGAACCAUUAGACCCCAAGCAGCACACGAGAGCUCUCCACCAUUCUAUUCUUCCCAUUGAAAACAGUGCGCAGCGAUGAUGAACCUGCAAAGAGGCACAGGCAGGCCCUUGAAUACAUGGUAUCUGGAAUUUAUGCAUGUCCUCCACCCCCCCUCCUCUCGAAAAGAAAAUGGGUACUUCCCAAGUUUUCCUGUUGGCUUGAACAAGAGAGCUGCAUAAAAAAACACAGAUGGAUCAAGUGCAUCUUCACUGACAGAGCACUGAUGGCCUGGGAGGAUUGUCUUGUUAACUCUGUGUUUUUGAAAGAGUUUAACACUCAAAGGUGGAAAUAUACGGCCAUCUCAUCUUGUAUUCAUGCAAGGAUUAAAAGGGAUGGGCCUGACACUCUGUCCUUCUGCAGAGUUAUCACUGUUUCAGUAUUGUGUUGCCCCUCGUUCCCUGUCAUCUGUUCCAAGCAUCCUCCAUAAGAUUGUGCGUCCAUGUGGCCAUGGAAGCCCUUAAAAACCAUCCCUGCAAUGUGGUUUUUCUCCAGCUCACUUUGAGAAAAUGUAUGCAACUUGUCUGCCUUCACUCAAGAGCUUUGCCUUUCUUAUGGAAGAAAGGAAAUAAUCCCUUGCGAAGGAACAGCUGACUUUGUGUUGUGGGUUUCUCUGAAUUUUUUUUAUAAAAUUAAAUCUAGCUCAAUUUUGGGUUGUUUGAGAUUUUGUAUUUAUGAUGGUGGAAAUCUUUUUGUUUAAUUCCAACCUGCAGUAUCUGUUGAACUAAAAAGGUACAUCAGUGAGGGUUUGUUUCCCAACUUAUGACAUUUCAUCACAAUGAUGAUUUCUUCUAACCUGGGUGAGCAACAGCAUUUCCUUGGAAUUCUCAUCUUGGGGUUUCCUGGUUUUAUUUUUCCUGAAACAAGUGCGACGAGAAAUUGUGUGUGUGUGUGUGUGUGUGUGUGUGUGUGUGUGUGUAAAUAUAUAUUUAUAUACAAAACUGGUAUAAACAAUGUUUCAGUAAUGCACUUUGACUUGUUUGGAUUUCCUUACGUAAAAGUCAGGGGUCACAUGAUCCACUGGGAGCUUCUGCACAAGAUCUGUGGAAAUGAAUGGGAGUUGCACAAAAGGAUAUCCAUGAACCAUAUUCGUGGUUGAUGCUGUUGGCCAUCAGAGUCAGGUUCUUGCUGGGAAUGGCAAAUGGCCAACUGUGCUGUGUGCCAGACAUGCUAAGGGCAUGCACCCCGAUUUGCUUGUGGAGAGGCUAGACAGCGUAUCAGUGCAUUCCCCCUAUCACUUAUUGCAAAAAAAAUCCAGUAUUCGGGGGUUUGUUGCACAAGACCUCCCAAGCAACUAUAGUUGUGCAGCCUGUAUUUAUCGGUAUGUGAUUGAAUCAAACCCCAAAAUAGCGACAGUCUGGAAGUGCCACAGGAGUCUUUGCAGUAGAAGCCCCAAGAGGACAAUGCUCAGGGGGUAUUGCAUGGAGCUAGAGAUGUUGUGCAUUCUGUUGUGCAACAUAGUCCUGUGAUGUUUUGUUUCCAAUAGCAUGUGAGCUCUGUCCUGGGCCAUGACAGUACUUUGUUCAAAACAUCUUCCAACUACCACCCCCGAUCAGAAUCCACCUAACUCUCUGCAAUCUCACCAAAUCACCAAUAAAGCCUAUGACAGUGUUUGAGAAAUAGUACUUUGAGCUUUGAAGGUUACAGCCAAUGGUUCUGUGGCAAUUGCAGAUCCAGGAGGUUUUUACACUUCUCAGGGCCAAUUCAUAUACUGUACUGCACGUUCAAGAUGAGCAUAGGAGAUCUUCUAAGUGUGCGGGUAAAAAUGUAACAUGUGAAUGUGCACACAAAGCAACAUGUUUGCAAGCACACCCAUAAUUCUAGGAUGCAUAUUGGGAAGCUAUAGUUGCUAAGACUGCUUCUGUUUUAUGCACUCUCUGUAGCUACAGCAGUCUUACAGGUUCAAGGCACGAUUCAGAAAACUCUGGGUUCUUCCAUGACUGAAGGACACAGCUUUGCAAACAAAUGGAAGUCUACCCUUAAUGGAGAAGGCCUUUGAGGUUUCAGUCUUAAGUCUUGUUUUAUUUUUUUAAAUAAACAUCUCAUAGAUAUCCAAACAGUUUUACAGAAGGCUUUUGUUUUUAAUGCCAAAGGCUUUCUGUUUUUCGGUGAAAGUUAAAGUAUUUCUCUUUUGGACGAUGUGCUUGCUUGUGCAUAUGUGUGCGGACUUCAUUUUCCCACUAUCCCAUUAACUCCCAAAUGUAUUUGGAGAGGUGGAAUAAAUAGCUUGCUAAACACUGCUUUUAAAAGUUUCUGUUUAAACAGUUGUUAUGAACAGGAAGCAUUGACAGAAAUCCAUAGAAAGGAAAUGGAAUCUGAAAGUCAGAUUAAAUGAACUGCAAAGCACCAGAUUCUGAGUUUUGGGAUGUAAUCCUAUACACACAUACUAGGGAGUAAUCCUCAUUGAACACAGUUUACUUCUGAGUUAAUACAUAUAAGAUUGAGCUCUUAGUGUGUUUCAUUCAUUCACUGGUCCUGCACAGCCACGGUAGGUCAAAUUUUUGGACAUGUUCAUCAGCCCCACAUUUACUUUCUCCUAUUUCAGUCUUUACAGUAUCUUUUCCUAGGUUGAUAGCUAGCUAGGAAAUGGGAUACAGCAUUCUCUAGUCUUUUGACCAAUGAAAACUAGCAUAGAGCUGCUGGUUCCUAAAUAAAUAUGACUGGAUUUCAUAGAACUGCUAAAAACAGGAGUGGCUCACCUGGUGAGUGGAGCUGCAGGGAGAGCCUCUUGGGACCAGUGUCACUGCUGCCAUGUACUGGGUAGCAUGAGGCCAGGGCUGUGUGGACACUCCAGUGGAGGCCUCUGCACAGCCCUGACCUUGCCACUGAUUCAUCUAGCCCAUCCCAGUAAGCACCAGGGAAGCCCCUGCCUCUGUCCCACCAGACAAGCCCCUGAGAUACCUCCUCCUGUUUUCUGAGGAAAUGAACAUUAACUAUUGCUAUUUUAAAAUGUCUGUAUGUUUGUGUUGAGAGGUAUAUUAUAUGGAGAAGUAUUUUCAAGUGAAAACAUUAAAAACACUAAUACCCAGUUUUGGGUAUUAGUGUUCUAGGGGCCAAAAUGGUCUUGUUUGGUUUAGACUUGGCUUCACCCUUAGGCAUGUCAGUUGGCCUUGGGAGAUGUUAGCAUAGAUUUAAUAAAGUUCAGAAGCCCCCCUCCCCUGCCACUUCCACUUCAGAAUUAACUUCCGCAACUGAUAUCACACAGGGGACAAAUUCCUCUGACUUCACAAUAUUGUAGGUAAAUGUUGGUGUGAGACUAAAGAACUGUGCUUGGAGAAGUUGUGUGAGGAGCUCUUUAGCCUCCUUCCACAUCUUGCAUUCUCUAGACCUCAACACCAUUUCCCUGGAGCUCAAUACCAGCCCAUACCAUGGGUUAACAUUCAACUGCUCCAAGUAAGUGAUCCCUUCCCCUUAUGCACUUGGUGGUACUGUCACUCUGCAAAAGUGUGGCAUGUCUCCCCUGAGCUGUGGAAGUAACCUAUAUUGUGAGCUUUCACACAGCCUUCCACAAAGGAGUUAUGCUGGCAGUGUUGCAUUUCCUAAUGAUAAAAAUCCAAAUGUACAUUGUCUGAUUUCAUGUACACAUUGACUUUCACAUUCUCCCAUUGAGACAUUAUAGGCAAUGGGGUGUGUAUCUUGAAGAAAUUCCUCACUCCCAUGCUGCUUCCAAUAGUGGCUUGCUACUGUUUCACAGCAGAGAUAAGUGCAAACUGUUGUUUCACGUACUAAAAUAGCAACGGAACUCAUCUGAUCAGUGAAUGUCUGAUCUCACCAUCAAUGUGAAUCUAUUUGGUACAUUUCACUGGAUUUGCAAUAAAUAAAUUAUAUCGAUGGCAGCUCAAGUCUGUGAACCACUAAGCCUAAUGCAGCUCACCAACUAGAUUUAUGGAGACCCUGGUGAACUGUGAUACAUGGAUGCCAUCUCAAUAAACCUAUUGUUUUCCUGCUUCCCUCACUGCUCAUAAAAAAUAGCUGGUGCUCAACUUGCUGGGUCCUGCCCCUCACCUAGAUAUUUUAUAUAUGGGAAUGUGGUGUGAAUUUCUUCAGACAUGCAGAAUGCCACUCUAGGUUGGAUCCAGACUGAGUUUAGGUUCUAUUGUAACCAACAGAAUUAAACUAAUGAUGACUUGUCCCCUAGAUUGUAAUGGGAAUGAAAAAUCCAGCCUUAUAUAUGUCUAUUCAGAUGUAAGCCCAUGGAGUUCAAUGGGAUCUGCUUCCAGUUAAAGGCUGUAGCUAUAGUGAAACAAGCUUAGUAUGCAUCUAACCUUCAGUGUUUAACUUCGACAACAGCAAACUUGCACUCCUUUGUAAUGCCUCAUAGAGCUCCAGGUCAUGGGAGAAAACAACAAAAUGGUAUCUAUUUCUAUGAUAGUUAUAAAUGCGAAGUGUCGGGGAGGGACUAAGAGUGAGACCAAUAAGUAAUUUUACACCUGAGUUGGAGAUUAUCAUGUAGCCAAUGAAGAUGGGGCAGGAGGAGGAGGUCUGGGUGAGAAUGGAGGAAAGAAUCACUGUGCCUGAUCGUGAGUUUUGAGAUGUGAAUGGCCUACUGGAAUGUUGAUCAAUAGUAUUGCCCCCCCCCCCCUAGUUAAACAGAUUUCAAACUGUCUCUAGGUCACAGGAUCUAGCCUUUGGUCUCUCUCCCUCUGCUUACCUUGCCUUCCUCGCAUCAUACGUCAUCUGAAUGGUGCUGGUGUAACUGGGAAGGUCACUAUGGAUCGAUGUAAGCUGCUUACAUCUCAAUUUCUUUAGUGGGUUCUGCUGCCCAGGAAUUGGGAAGAAUAAAAUGUUAGAUGCUUUCCACACAUCACAUGCAUUACUCACACUCUUUGACUGUUUUAAUCCAUAUGAGAGAAUGGUACAACUUUAAUCCUUUCGGCACAGUACGAUUUCAGUAUAUCUGGGGUCUGUUCGUGUGUACUUUAAAUUGUGAUUGGAAUGGUACAAUUCUGGUUUCCCAUGCCUCUCCUCUCUUGCCUGCUCUGUGUCUUGGUGUAUAUAACACCCACAAAAAUUAGGUUCCGAAGAAGCAGCACUUUCAAGUCAGUGUUGUACUGUGUGAUGGAUUCUUUUUGCCCCCUUUUGUUGUUGUUUCCCCCCUGCAUUUUAAAGCAGAAGUAAAGUAUAACCAGACUUGGUACAUUUUUAUUCUGAUUACCUUUGUAAAAGCCCACAAGGUGAUGUGCUACUUUGAAAACACAUUUGUUGUAAUGUGUAUGUAUGUAUAUUUAUAUAUAUAUAUAAAUAUAUAUAUAUAUAUAAUGACUAUAUGAAGGAUAUUUCUAAAUAAAGGUUUAA